GAAGUAUUCCUGCGCAUCAGGUGACGUGCUCUCACUGGCUCUCUGCUGGAGUGGUUAUGUCAAAAUAAUCAAGCCGAGCUUUAGCUUCAACUGGACCGUUUUUAGCAGAAGCCUGGUUUUGUCCGCGGAGUAGUCGACGCGAUGCAGAACGUCAUAAACACGAUGAAGGGCACGGCGCUCGGCGUGGCGGAGUUCCUCACUCCGGUGCUCAAGGAAUCUAAAUUCAAAGAGACUGGGGUCAUUACACCGGAGGAGUUUGCAGCAGCCGGAGAUCACUUGGUUCAUCACUGCCCCACAUGGAAAUGGGCCACAGGAGAAGAGGUCAAAGUGAAGCCAUACUUACCCCAGGAUAAACAGUUUCUCUUGACACGCAAUGUUCCCUGUUACAAGCGCUGUAAACAGAUGGAGUAUUCAGAUGAACUGGAAGCCAUCAUAGAGGAGGACGAUGGAGACGGAGGCUGGGUAGAUACCUACCACAACUCAGCAGCUGUGUUAGGAGUCACGGAUGCUGUACGAGAAAUCUCACUGGACAACAGUAAGGAUAAAAAUAUGAAUGCCACAUCAGCAGCAAGUUGCAAUGACGAUGAUGGCGACGAUGAUGAAGAUGGUGAAGCAGCAGAUAUGGAAGAGUAUGAGGAAAGUGGCCUGUUGGAAACAGACGAGGCCACUCUGGACACCAGCAAAAUAGCAGAAACUAAAGCAAAGGCAGAGCCUGGGAGUGAAGACGCAAUUCUUCAGACAAGAACAUAUGACCUGUACAUCACGUAUGAUAAAUACUACCAGACGCCCAGACUGUGGCUGUUUGGGUAUGAUGAAGACAGGCAACCACUGAGUGUAGAACAGAUGUAUGAAGACAUCAGCCAGGACCAUGUGAAGAAAACUGUGACCAUCGAGAACCACCCCCACCUUCCUCCACCAGCUAUGUGUUCUGUCCACCCCUGCAGACACGCUGAAGUGAUGAAAAAGAUCAUUGAGACCGUGGCAGAAGGAGGCGGAGAGCUCGGAGUGCAUAUGUAUCUUCUGAUUUUCCUGAAGUUUGUGCAGGCUGUCAUCCCCACUAUAGAAUAUGACUACACACGACACUUCACCAUGUAGCUUCAUCACCUUUUACCUUCCUCCUCUAACACAUCAGAGAUUAUAUCUGGUCAGCUCUAAUUACAAGGGAUGAGUGUGUGUGCGCGUAUGUGUGCGUAUGUGUGUGCUACUUUGAGACUCUUUGCAUGGGUGCAGAACAUGGGGAAUACUCAUAGUCUAUGACAAAAGCUGUCUGUUAAGGAAAACAUCUACCAUUAAGCUUUUCAUGAAGCCCAGUCGGUUCUGAAAACUGGGCUCUGUGUGUCCAGUACAGAGAUGGAUGUGACCAGUCUGUUAGCUCAUCUAUGCAUUCAGAACCUGAUUCAGCUUCUUCAUCUAUGCUGUAAAAUGACACUGUUGCUUUAAAUCUGUUAAAACCUCACUAGGAGAAAUGUGACUGUACUAUUUAGUUGUAAUUAUUUAACAGAUCCAAAGGCAUUUUUUUAUUUGAGCUAUAUAGCACUAAAACCAACUUUGAUUUUAAUUAACUUUAUUGGGUUAACGUUUAACAAAAUUAUAUUGUGUCAUUCAAAAGGAAUAUUUUAAGUUGAUCUAAAAUCUCUUAAGUAUUUCUUUAAUACUUUUAAUUAGGAUACUCUAGUUUUGUGGAACCUGUUGACAAAAUAAAAAUAAUUAGAAGUACAAACAAACAGCAUGAAGAUCAGGUAGCGAUCCGAUAUAUAGGUUUUAACAGUUUUUGAACAACAGUGGAGCGUAAGCUAAAUCAACAUGUAAAACCAGAACACAGAUGUUUCAUUUCACACUGCUCCAGCAUUUCAAAUGUGAAAAGGAGUUAACCCUGAUUGUAGAGUCUGAGCUGGAUGAAGUGGUAAGAAUCAGACGCUCUCUGGAAAACAAGCCAGGAAACUCAACACAUUGAUGCUUUCACACAUUGAACAUUAACAUUUGUUUGUGACAACUUGAUGAAUGUAAGUCCAAUGUUCAUUCUCCCUUUAGAUCUGGUUUGGUCUCCACCACCUCCUAUGGAAAUAUGUGGCUCGGCUGUUCAGGCAGUGGACAAUGGGCCUUGAGAACUUUUUCUGUCUCUAAUCUAUCUGCGUCAGUGUCUUUGCACAACUACAAGUUAAAUAAGGAAAAUAGUUUUAAAUUUAACUGAUGUGGACAGAUCCUGAUAGGAACUACAUUUCUUGCUAACGUGACUUGAUAAAAUGUUUUUGAACUUAUUGUAAUCAGCAGCUCUGACAGAAGAUUAUUGACUAUUACCAAUAUUGCUCCUGUGCGUCGCUGCUGUGAUUAUUAUUGCUUCCACUCUUGCAGGAGCUGUGGCUGAACUGCACUGUUGUAAAUCAGCUCUGUGCCGGUUUGUCUUAAAACCUCAUUCUCUGAAUGUGUUGACGGCUCAGAUCUGUCAUUCAACCCUAACUAUGUUUUUUUUGUGUUCUGGAUGUUUCUUGUGAUAAAUCUUGACUUUCAGUGUCAGUAAAUCUUUCAAUAAAUUCCUGGCCUUCCUUUUUGAUUUUAAGAUUGUGCAUUAAAAACCACACUUGGUUACAGCAUCAUGUUUCCGCCAGAACGUACUAAACUCAACCAAGCUUCAGUGGUUCUUGCUCUGAUUUCUUUGUCUCUGUACCGCCUGUUGCUCUUAUUGUAACUUGCUCAGUGUUAACACAUGGAAAAUUUCAAAGUAAUGUAAAUUUAUCAAUAAAGAGAUUCCCAAAUAUAAGAAA